UACCAGAGUCUAUAAAAAACAUACAUUCCAUAUUGUGUGAACAAAAAUUCAAACUAAAAUCCUAUACAAUGUCCAACACGCCGUAACUUUCAAAUUCCUCGUUCUUUAUCUUGUGUCUUUGUCUGAUUCCUACCUAGUCCACACGUCUUUUUUUUCUGCCCCUUAAAAAAAGAACCCCAAAUCUUCCUUCUCUCAUAUAUCCAUAUCAAGUUAUAAAUACCCUUUUUCUCUUCAUUGCCCUCUUCAAACCAACACAACACAACUUCAAAGUUAAAACAUACAACUCAUUCUUUCAUUCACUUCUAACAAUAAACACUAUUUAUCAUCUCUUUUUCAAAGAUGGUUGAUUUAGAAUGGAAAUCAAAGAUGCUAAACUCAAACAUAUCACCAAAAUCACCCAAACUGUCCUUACCCUUACCCACUUUACAUCUCCCACUUCCACUUUCACCAAACGACAUCACAACAGCGUCGUUAAAUAUUUGCACUGCAUACGACAACUAUCUCCGCCUCCCUAACCUAAAAACCCACUGGGCCACCACCUCUUUCCCUAAUUGGGCCAACGAGCCCAUCAUAAAGCCCGCCUUAACUGCUCUCGAAAUCACUUUCCGUUUCAUCACAACCAUUUUAUCAGACCCAAGACCAUACACCAACAAACGCGAAUGGGCCCGUCGGGCCGAAUCACUCACAAAAGCCCAAAUCCACCUCAUCGCUAUUCUCUCCGAAGAAGAGGAAGAAAACCCAAACACACGUGGCAAAGCACCGGUAAAUGACGUCAUCAACAUAAACAAAAAUCAGUUUAGAUGCUACAGUGAACAAAGCUUGCUACCAAAACUCGCCACGUGGCAGCAAUCAAAGCAAAUAGCACAACGAAUAUUUUCCACCGUGGAAUCUGAAAUGAUGACGUGUAGUUACACGUUAGGUUUAGGUGAACCGAAUUUUAGCGGCAAAUCGAUUCUCCGUUACGACGACGUUUGUAAACCGAGUUUGAUCCACUCCUUAGAAACGACGCCGUUUGAUCAUGUAACGAAUUACGAGAAUCGUAAUCUACACGCGAUUCACCAGAUUUUCGAGUCAUGGACACGCGCAGCGCGUGUAUUAAUGGAGCGUGUGAAUGAGGAUAUAGAUAACAGAGCAUUUGAGAAAGCCGCGAGUGAGAUCUACGCGGUGGAAAGAAUCUGGAAACUUCUAAUCGAAAUUGAAGAUUUACACAUGAUGAUGGAUCCAGAAGAUUUUCUAAAACUAAAGAAGAAACUAGGAAUGCGAUCAUGUAACGAAACGGUGCCGUUUUGUUUCCGAUCAACGGAGUUAGUUACGAUAACGAAGAUGUGUAGAGAUCUGAGACAAAAAGUACCGGAGAUUUUGGAAGUUGAAGUGGACCCCACAGGUGGUCCCGGAGUAAUGGAAGAAGCGAUGAAGGUUUAUUCGGAGAAGAUGAAUGGGUACGAGAAGGUUCAUUUGUUGCAAGCGAUGCAAGGGAUUGAAUCGGCGAUGAAGAGAUUUUUUUAUGCGUAUAAACAGAUUUUGACGGUUAUGAUGGGAAGUUCUGAAAUGAAUUUGGAAUCGUUGAAUCGGAUUUUUCUUGAACCGACUUGGUUUCCUAGCUUGGAUGCUGCUAAGACUUUUCUUGGAUAUUUUUGGGAAAAUUACGAAAAUAGUACGAUUAAUUGGUAAUUUUAAUUUACGAGAUUUUAUACUAUACUACUUACAAAUACAGGAGAUUAAAAUAGAAAUUAUCCUUUCCUUUUUUGUAUGUGGGUUAAAUUAUGUAAUAGGCUGUGGAGUGUGGAGGCAUUUGACUUUUGUGAAAAUCUUUCUACGUAAAAUAUUUAUAUUUUUGAGUCAUUCUUA